GACACUUUCCUGGUCUCCAAGAUCUUGAAGCCUUUACCGCUUCCCGCAGCAGCGGACGAGCCGAGAUCCGCAGCCACCGCGGAGGCAGUCUACGAGGCAUUGGCGGAGUUUCCAAAGGACCCCGAUGGCCUCUGCAACGACGAUGCAGACAUCAUCAGCUUAGCCAGGACUCCACCCCUCGUCUUCUGGGUCUUCGGAGAGUGUGAUGUCUCAGGAGAGUACAAGACUGAAGUCUGCCGGCGGCUGGCGCAGAAGCUGCGGCUGCAGUGGCUUCAGCCCACCUAC